AUGAUCGAACCCAUCGGGAAUCAGUACGUCGUGGCCAGGCCAGUGUAUUCCGCAAAUGCUUUUGGGGAAGAACAUAAGAAGAAACACAGACAUCAUAAGACACUUCUGGAUCAUCUCAAAAAGUGGUUCCGCUGUUCUGCACAAAAGGCCAAGAGAAUUGCCCUCUCUUUGUUCCCCAUAGCAUCUUGGUUGCCAGCGUAUCGCAUAAAGGAAUGGCUCCUCAGUGACAUUGUUUCUGGAAUCAGCACAGGGCUGGUGGCUGUACUGCAAGGUUUAGCAUUUGCCCUGCUGGUCAACAUCCCCCCAAGCUAUGGGUUGUAUGCAGCCUUUUUCCCAGUCAUAAUCUACUUUUUCUUGGGCACUUCUAGACACAUAUCAGUGGGUCCAUUUCCAGUUCUUAGUAUGAUGGUGGGAGCAGUAGUUGUGAGAUUAACCUCAACAGCCGAUACAGCUGAUCCGACAGUCACUAAUAGCUCAGUGGCUAAUGAUUCAACACUAGAUGAUCAUAAGGUGAUGGUGGCUGCAACGGUCACAAUUCUUUCUGGAAUCAUCCAGUUGCUCAUGGGGGUUCUGCAGCUGGGCUUCGUGGUGAUUUAUCUGUCCGAAUCCUUAAUCAGUGGCUUCACCACAGCUGCCGCUGUCCACGUUUUGGUUUCCCAGCUCAAAUUUAUUCUUCAGCUGACAGUCCCAGCACACACUGAUCCCUUUUCAAUUUUCAAAGUACUAAUUUCCAUAUUCUCACAAAUAGAGAAGACUAAUAUUGCAGACCUUGUGACAUCCUUGAUUAUCCUGUUGGUGGUAUUUGUGGUUAAAGAAAUAAAUCAGCGCUACAAAGCCAAACUUCCAGUGCCCAUUCCAAUUGAACUCAUCAUGACUGUGAUCGCAACAGGUGUGUCCUAUGGCUUUGACUUCAAAAACAGGUUUAACGUGGCCGUGGUUGGGGAGAUGAAAAGUGGGUUUCAGGCCCCUAUCACACCUAAUGUGCAGACUUUCCAAGAUACCAUCGGAGACUGCUUUGGCAUUGCCAUUGUUGGCUUUGCAGUGGCCUUCUCUGUGGCCAGCGUCUAUUCCCUCAAAUACGAUUAUCCCAUUGAUGGCAAUCAGGAGUUAAUCGCCUUGGGAGUGGGUAACAUAUUCGGUGGAUCGUUCAGAGGAUUUGCAGCAAGUACAGCCCUCUCCAGAUCAGGGGUCCAGGAGAGUACAGGAGGCAAAACCCAGAUCGCUGGCCUUCUCUCUGCUGUCAUCGUGCUGAUUGUCAUCCUAGCCAUUGGAUUUCUUCUGGAGCCUCUGCAAAAGUCUGUCCUGGCAGCUUUAGCGCUUGGAAACUUGAAAGGAAUGCUGAUGCAGUUCACAGAAAUACGAAGAUUGUGGCGAAAGGAUAAGUAUGACUGUCUAAUUUGGGUCAUGACCUUCAUCUUUGCCGUUGUCCUGGGCCUCGGUUUAGGCCUGGCUGCUAGUGUGGCGUUUCAGCUCCUGACUAUCGUCUUCAGGACCCAGUUUCCCAAAUGCAGCACGCUGGCUAAUGUUGGAAGGAGCAACAUCUAUAAGAAUAGAAAAGAUUACUCUGAAAUGUAUGAACCAGACGGCGUGAAGAUUUUCAGAUGUCCAUCUCCUAUUUACUUUGCAAACAUUAGUUUCUUUAAGCAGAAACUUAUCGAUGCUGUUGGCUUUAGUCCACUUCGAAUUCUUCACAAGCGCAACAAAGCUUUGAAGAAAAUCCGAAAACUGCAGAAGAAAGGCCUGUUGCAAGUGACACAGAAAGGAUAUAUAUGUACUGUUGAUGGCUUUAAAGAUUCUGACGAAGAGCUGGACAAUGAUAAUAUAGAAGAACUGGAUCAGCCCAUCAAUACCACAGACCUGCCCUUCCAGAUAGACUGGAACGCUGAUCUUCCUGUCAACAUCGUGGUCCCUAAAAUCAACCUCCACAGCCUCAUUCUUGACUUUUCAGCAGUGUCAUUUCUUGACAUUUCUUCAAUGAGGGGUCUCAAAACGAUCUUGCAAGAAUUUAUCAGGAUUCAGGUAGAUGUGUAUAUUGUUGGAACUGAUGAUGACUUCAUUGAGAAGCUUGCACGGUGUGAAUUUUUUGAUGAUGAAGUCAAGGACUCAAUAUUCUUCUUAACAAUCCAUGAUGCUGUUUUGCAUAUUUUGAUGAAGAAAGAUUACAGUACUUCGAAGUUUAAUCCCAGUCAGGAAAAAGAAGCAAAACUUGAUUUCACCAUAAACACAAAUGGAGGAUUACGUAAUCGGGAAUGUCAGCACCUUUCCACCUCAGUUAAUGCCAACUCCAGCCUUCCAGCUGCUCAGGCUGAAAAUUUUGUUAGGAAAUUCUAUUGA